GUGAAUGUGAGUCAGGUCAAGAAAGGGUCAGUUUGUUCCAUCCAGAUGAAUCAGCUGACUGACUCUGAUAAAAGAUUAUAGCAGAGUUUUUGAUUCCUGUUGAUCAGCUACACAUGUACAUAAGAUUUUGAAAAUGGUACAACAACUUCUUUCUAUGCCAACUUACCGGAGAAUGGAAAAGGUACAAGUACAUGUCUGUACAAAUACAGAUAGCUAGGAAAUUAGUACAUAAAUUACAGAUGAGAUUUUGCACAUGAUCGAUUUUCCUUUUGAACCAGUUACCAAUCCAAAUUUUCACAAAGCUCAUAGUUAUGCAUGUGAAUACCCACAGAAGAGGAAUUAUACAAAAUGGCAUUUAACAUAUGAAGACUAUGCCACAGCUGUCAUCUGAAGAAACACAUUAGACUGCAAACGGGAGAAAAUGAUUUCUAGUUAAACAUGUAAUCAAAGACGAUAUCUAAAGAAAACAAACAGAGAGAAAAGCUUUAAAUGUCCUUAUGCUCCGAAUUACAGCACUAAUAUGAAGAGACAUAGCAAAGAAUAUACUGGAGAAAAAUGCUUCAGAUGUGAUGUUUGUGACUAUGUUUGUAAUCGGAGGGGUACUCUGAAGAUACAUAGGAGAAUACAUACUGGAGAGAAAUGCUUUAAAUGUGAUGUCUGUGACUAUGCUUGUAAUCAGAGGGGUCAUCUGAAGAAACAUUGGAGAAUACAUACUGGAGAGAAAGGUUUUAAAUGUGAUGUUUGUGACUAUGCUUGUAAUGACGGCAGUAAUCUGAGGAGACAUAGGAGAAUACAUACUGGAGAGAAAGGCUUUAAAUGUGAUGCUUGUGACUAUGCUUGUAAUGACGGCAGUACAUUGGAAAUACAUAGGAGAAAACAUACUGGAGAGAAGUGCUUUAAAUGUGAUGUUUGUGACUAUACUUGUUAUGACGGCCAUAGUUUGAAGAGACAUAAGAGAAUACAUACUGGAGAGAAAUGUUUUCACUGUGAGUUUUGUGACUAUGCUUGUAAUGAUGGUAGUAAUCUGAGGAGACAUAGGAGAAUACAUACUGGAGAGAAAGGCUUUAAAUGUGAUGCUUGUGACUAUGCUUGUAAUAACGGCAGUAGAUUGGAAAUACAUAGGAGAAUACAUACUGGAGAGAAGUGCUUUAAAUGUGAUUUUUGUGACUAUGCUUGUUAUGACGGCAGUAGAAUGAAGAGACAUUGGAGAAAACAUACUGGAGAAAAAUGCUUUCAGUGUGACUUUUGUGACUAUGCUUGUAAUGAAAGAAGUGAUCUGAGGAGACAUAUGAGAAUACAUGCUGGAGAGAAAUGCUUUAAAUGUGAUACUUGUGACUAUGCUUGUAAUGACGGCAAUAGUUUGAAGGUACAUAGGAGAAUACAUACUGGAGAGAAAUGCAUUUAGUGUGACUUGUGACUAUGCUUGUUAUGACGGCAAUAGUUGGACAAUAAAUUGGAAAAUACAUACUGGAGAGAAAUGCUUUCAAUGUGAGUUUUGUGACUAUGCUUGUAAUCAGAGCGGUAAUCUGAAAAGACAUAGCAUAAUACAUACUGGAGUGAAAUGCUUUCAAUGUGACUUUUGUGAUUAUGCUUGUAAUCAGAGCGGUAAUCUAAAAAGACAUAGGAGAAUACAUACUGGAGUGAAAUGCUUUCAGUGUGAUGUUUGGGACUGCGCUUGUAAUAAUGGCAGUAAACUGAAGAUACAUAGGAGAAUAUAUACUGGAGAGAAGUGCUUUCAAUGUGACUUUUGUAACUAUGCUUGUUAUGACGGCAAUAGUUUGACGAUACAUAGGAGAAUACAUACUGGAGAGAAAUGCUUCAAUGUGACUUUUGUGACUAUGCUUGUUAUGACAACAAUAGUUUGAAGAUUCACAUGAGAAUACAUACUCGAGAGAAAUGCUUUCAAUGUGAUUUUUGUGACUAUGCUUGUAAUCAGAGGGGUAAUCUGAAGAAACAUAGGAGAAUACAACUGGAGAGAAAUGCUUUAAGUGUGCUGCUUGUGACUAUGCUUGUAAUGAUAGCAAUAGUUUGAAGGUACACAGGAGAAAACAUACUAGAGAGAAAUGCUUUAAAUGUGAUGUUUUUGACUGUGUUUGUAAUGAUGACAGUAGUUUGAAGAAUCAUAGGAAAAUAUAUAUACUGGAGAAAAAUGCUUUAAAUGUGGUGUUUGUGACUAUGCUUGUAAUAGCGGCAGUAGAUUGAAGAUAUAUAGGAGAAUACAUACUGGAGAGAAAUACUUUAAAUGUUUGUGACUAUGCUAGUUAUAAUUGCAGUAGUCUGAACAGACACAUGAGAAUACAUACUGGAGGAAAAUGUUUUAAAUUUGAUUUUUGUGACUAUGCUUGUAAUGACGGCAAUAAUCUUAGAAGACAAAGAAGAAAACAUGAGGGACAGAAAUAUUAUACACGAUGAUGUAAUGACGGCAGUAAUCUGCAGAUACAAAGGAGAAAAAAGUUUUAAAUGUUUGUGACUGCUUGUAAUCGAAGUGGUUAAGAUUCACAUGAGAAUACAUACUAGAGAGAAAUGCAUUAAAGGCCAGUCUGGUGUAGGCCCUAUACCAAAUUGUAGGAGGAGCUUCCUAAAAAUAAGUGAAUGUGAGUCAGGUCAAGAAAGGGUCAGUUUGUUCCAUCCAGAUGAAUCAGCUGACUGACUCUGAUAAAAGAUUAUAGCAGAGUUUUUGAUUCCUGUUGAUCAGCUACACAUGUACAUAAGGUCAGAGGAAGUAUUAAUAAUUUACUUCUAGAAUUAGUUGAUUGAAGAAAUUUGGGAGAUACAUAAGUGAGUGACAGUUGAAUUCUAAACAGGCACUUUUAAAUCAUCAAGGCUGUUUAUUUGUUUCUGUAGUGAAAUAUAUUAUGGAUUUAAUUGGUACAUAUUUGAUUUAACUUGAUCAGUCGAAUUUUGUGAUUUGAAGUGUUAAUAGUCUUUGAUAUGGACUUGUGAAAUGUAAAUAAUACAACAUAGUAAACAUUUGUAGGAAUAACAACAACAAAUCUGAACCAAUUUAUCGAAGAAAUAAUAGUAGCAUAGCAUACAUGACCAAUGUCAGAGUUCAGAUUUUACCAGCCCACUUAGCUCAGUAGAGAGGGCGUUGGUCAACAGAUCACAGGGUCACGAGUUCGAUCCCCGGGCGGGGCGUAUGUUCUCUGUGAUGAUUUGAUAAAAGACAUUGUGUCUGAAAUAAUUCAUCCUCCACCUCUGAUAAUUCAUGUGGGGGAAGUUGGCAGUUACUUGCGGAGAACAGGUUUAUACUGGUGCAAAAUCCAGGAACACUGGUUAGGUUAACUGGCCCACGUUACAUUACUGAAAUACUGUUGAAAAACGGCGUUAAGGAUGUACGAGCGAAUUUUUUCUAACGUUAAGAGGUUUUUCAUACCCUGUGAGCUUGAAGAACAUUAGUUUCUAAGACAAACAAUAGCAGAAAAAGCACAGGUCACUGAACUCGUUUUAAUUUUAUAGUGUAUUUACUUCACCCACUGUUUACGCAUUUCUGAAAUUUUGUAAAAUUGAAAAAAAAUGUUGGUACUUUAUUAAACAUAUAAUAUCCUACUUAAUGUUAUAGGGAUUUCAGGUCUUACAGGUGAAUAUGAAUAUAUGGUGAUGUCAGUAUUAUAUAAGCAUAACUGUCACUAACAAAACUCUAAGUUUUACACGUUGACAUAAUUACCCCACCCACUUUAUUUUCAAUGGAAAAAAAACAUAUUUAGAUCUACAAAAAAUUCCGACAAUAAGAUUUUCAAAAUAUUUGGCAGCAUUAAUGACACACAAAAAUGCUUCAAAAUUGAAAGAAAAAAUGUUGGGGUCACCGUGCAUCUAAGAGAUUUAUUAAGAAAAACUGUUAAAAAGUGGUGGAUUUUAAUAUUUUUUGUUCUUUUUGUUUUAAUUUAUAUUUUCUAGAUAAUUAAUAUAAAGUGCUAUCUUGAAAACUUUUAUUUUAUUUAUAGCUUAACAUUAUAUGUAUCAGUCAGAAAAAUUUCAAAACCAAACCUGAUCUACUUUAACAGAUAUUUGAAAUUACGUACCACUACCUCAUUGUAAAUCUUACGUCAAUUUUAGGCAAAUGCCAGCCAAAAAUAAGGGUGAUUUUCUUUUCGCAAAAAGCAUAAUAUAUUUGGUUAAAUGUUACAUUAUUAGCCAUAUUUUAAUUAUUUAGCAUUAAUUUUUGGCAAAACUUUUGUUAGAAAGCAAUAUUCGAAGAAACAUUUUUCAAAGUGGCAGAUAUCCUAAAAAAAACGCUCGUACAUACUUAAACCCAAAACAAACAAAAGAGUUCAGAUUUCUAAUUUCAACUAUCAAAUUUUCAAAUUCUUGUUAAUCCCCUGCCACAAGUGGUGGUUGUUUAUAGGAAUGAUCUCUGUACGUCCUUCAUCCUUCCUUCCGUCCGUGUGUCCGUAACACUUUCGUGUCUGCUCCAUAUCUCCUAAAACCCUUGAAGGAUUUUCAUGAAACUUUGGUCAAAUGAUCAUUUCAUCAAGAUGAUGUGCAGAACCCAUGAGUCAGCCAUGCCGACUCAAGAUCAAGGUCACAACUCAAGGUCAAAGCUUUGAACCUUCCAUUUUGUGUCCGCUCUCUAUCUCCUAAACUCCUUGAAGGAAUUUUAUAACACUUGGGACAAAUGAUCACCUCAUCAUGACUAUGUACAGAACCUAUGAGUCAGCCAUGCGGGCUCCAUGUCAAGGUCACAACUUAAGGUCAAAGGUUUGAGCCUUCCAUUUUGUGUCCACUCUGUACCUCCUAAACCCUUUGAAGGAUUUUCAUCAAACUUGGGUCAGAUGAUCGCCUCAUCAAGACGAUAUACAGAACAUGUGAGUCUGCCAUGCCGGCUCAAGGUCACGGUCAAAACUGAGAGUCAAAGGUUUGAGCCUUCCAUUUUCUGUCUGCUCUAUAUCUCCUAAAUCCCUUGAAGGAUUUUCAUCAAACUUUGGUCAAAUGAUCACCUCAUCAAUGCGAUGUGCAGAACGCAUGAGCCAGUCAUACCGGCUCAAGGUCAAGGUCACAGCUCAUGGUCAAAGGUUUUAGCCUUCCAUUUCGUGUCUGCUCUAUAUCUCCUAAACCCCUGCUAGGAAUUUUAUGAAACUUGGGUCAAAUGAUCACCUUAUCAAAACGAUGCGCAGAACUUACGAGUCAGCUAUGCUGGCUCUAAGUCAAGAUCACAGCUUAGGGUCAAAGGUUUGAACCUUCCAUUUUGUGUCCACUCUGUAUCUCCUAAACCCCUUGAAGGAUUUUCAUCAAACUUGGGUGAAAUGAUCACCUCAUCAAGAGCUCAUUAGUCAGCCAUGUCAACUCAAGGGCAAGGUCACAACUCAAGGUCAAAGAUUUUAGCUCUGUAUCUCCUAAAACCCUUUGAAGGAUUUUCAUGAAACUGUGUCAGAUGAUCACCUCGUCAAGACGUUGUGUAGAAUUCAUGAGUCACCUUAUCAGUUCAAGGUCAAGGUCACAGCUAAAGGUCAAAGGUUUACCCAUUCACUCCAUAACAAUGGUGGGGGAUUUAGCUGUCUUUCAGACUGCCUUGUUAUUUUGCAAUCAAAAUAAGAUAUUUUUGUAUACAUUUAAUUUAGUGUCUUUAAAUAGAUUAGAACUUAAAGAAUUGAUGAGGAAAAUAUAUUUUAUAAUCUUCAUUCUUACUUGAUUUAUUUAGAUAAAUAUGUGAAAAACUUAA